AUGAGGUCUGGCAGCAUCGUUUCCACUUCCAUCGCUCUAUUUGUACUGCAAGUACAAGGAGCUCCAGAGCGCAAACUCGAAGCCUUGACAGAGGGCGAUACUCUUACAAAGAUGGAGCAAUUCUUCGGGGCGAAGUUUGAAAGGAAAUUCAAGGACCUUCCGACUUCAGCAAGACUCGAAACAGCACCCUGGAACGGCCCUAUCUGGGAUACCUAUUUCGACAGUAUCAACUACCCAUGGAAGGCCGACCAACCAUCUCCAACUGAAAAGUAUGCAAUGGCUUUCGGUUUGAAUGCAACCGAACUGAAGGAAAGGUGUCCGUCAGGCUUGGCAUUUAUUCAGUGCCCGACUCAAGGCCUUCAUGUGUUUGGUCUUGCACAGAUGAAGAGGACAUAUGCACCAAUCGUGGUGGUAAGGGCAUCUGUAUUCCGAGAUGGUUUGGUCUCAGUCAUGGGGUGGCGCCUGCAGCUGUUUUCGAGAAAGAGCCCUUGUGUCCAAUCACCUACAACAACGUCGAAUUUCACCCGAAUGAUAUCAAGGGAUUGA